GUGGAUUUGUUUCCAUGGAUACUUUUAGGAGCAACCAUUAGUGAACGUUUUGAGAAUUUUAGAAUAUUCUACAUUGUGCUAUGGGGGUAUCACUGACCAAGGCAGCCCAGUGGACCAGUAAUGGCAAACUGGAGUCCACGCCAAUGAACGAGUCCUUGUUGAAGAAUAUCCAGCGGUUUGUGGAGCAGUUCAGUUUUGACCACCCACAGGAGGCAGAGCAUGUGUUUGAGGAGCCACUUCAGUGGAGCACCACAUUAGUGGCGUCUGAUUUCAAACCUGGCUAUGAUAUCAGUGACUCAACUGUUCAGUCUCAUGAAAAAGACAAUGAAGGGCAGCCACUGUUGCAGCUCUCCCCUCCUUUUGUUUAUGUGCGCAGCUUCAGCCAGCUCUCGAAACUACUUCAUCUGGCAGAGGAGAGGAAGCUGGAAGAGGUCCGAGCAUGUCUAGAAGAAAAUACAGACCCCAUGGUAAAGAUUCUUGGUUUAAACUUUGCCACUAAUGUGGAUGUAGAAGGCGCCCUACCUGAAGUUCUAUGUCUAAAAGAUGAAGGAAAAGAAGAAGACUCAGCCAUGGACUCAAACAUUAAAAUCAAGCUGUUUAUGUUGCUCCAAAACAAAGACAAACAGGUGCUCAGCCAGCUCCUUGAAGAAAUAUCAGAAAAAGUCAGGCUGGAUGCCACUGCCGUGAAGAAUGAAGUGGAGUUGUUGAAACAGUUCUGCAAAGAAGGGGAAAAGAGGGUGUUGAAGUCACUUCGAUACACAUCAGAUUUUGAAUUUUCAAACGGCUGUCGCGCUCCGCCGUGGAGACAGGCCCACGGUGAGAUUUGUUACGUUGUGAUUGAGCCAUGUGACACUGAGACCCUCUAUAUCACCUGCAGCACCGCUGGAGUUUUUCUUAACGGGGGGAUGACACAUGAAGGGGAAGAGAGCAGCUACGAGAGAGUUAGUGAUGUUUAUGAAGAUCUGGUGACACUUCUGAAGAGCAGAUCUCCACGUUUUGCAGAGAACAUAAACAAGCAGCAGGUUUUUGUAGUUGGAGAACCUUCAUCAACACAGAAGGUUCAGCAUGUGGAACUGGUUGAUGGAGAGGAACAAGGCCAAUCUUCUUACGAGCAACAGGAAAAGAAUGUGCCUAAGGAGGCGAAAAAACAACGGCAUAGGCCGAACAAGGCAGAAGGCAAGAAGAAAUAUGAAACAAUAUGGACCAAUCUUGCCGUGUUGCAUAUAUAUGGAGCGGAGGAAAAGAAGCCCAGUACAGGCUCUGGAGAAGACAAGAAAAGACUGGAACCAGAAGCCAAGAGCAAGAUGAAAGCAGAAUUGCCCGGGCUCUCUUCACCUGGACGCCUGUCCUUCCAGAAAAUAGCAGAGGAAAAGAGGCCCACUAAGGGCUCUGGAGAAGAGAAGAAAAGACUGGAUUCAGGAGCCAAGAGCAAGACAAAACCAGAACUGCCUGGGCCUUCUUCAUCUGGACGCCUGUCCUUCCAGAAAAUGAAGACCUCAGCAGAAGCCAUGCAUGUGGAACCCUUCAGUGAAAGCUCUUCUGAGAGUGAGGAGGAGGAAGAACAGCCCGAGCGCCGUCCAGAGAGUGACACAGACUUGCCCUCUGAAUACUGGCAAAUCCAGAAACUGGUGAAGUACCUGAAGGGAGGCGAUCAGACAGCCUCUGUGCUCACUCUUUGCGCCAUGAUGGACUUAAAUUUGAUGCAGGAGACGUGCCAACUGGCCAUCCGGGAUUCAGGUGGCCUUGAAAUCCUCCUUAACUUGCUGGAUACGGACGAUGUCAAAUGCAAAACUGGAUCACUAAAAAUCUUGAGAAAGAUCAGCCACAACAUGCAGAUGCGGCAGACUAUCGUAGACAUGAGAGGCCUGCAGAGCAUGGUGAAGAUCCUGGACUCAUCAGUUAAGGAGCUGAAGGCCUUAGCUGCAGAAACCAUCGCAAAUGUGGCCAAGUUUCGCAGAGCAAGAAGAGCUGUCAGGCAGUAUGGCGGUAUCAAGAAACUGGUAAAGCUGCUGGACUUCACCCCGAAGUCAGACAACCUGAGCACGGAUCUAGAGAAGGAUAUGGAGGUGGCCCGCUGCGGGGCCCUAGCGCUGUGGAGCUGCAGCAGGAGUACCAAGAACAAGGAGGCCAUUCGUAAAGCUGGGGGUAUCCCUCUGCUGGGACGCCUGCUCAAGUCUCCCCAUGAAAACAUGCUUAUCCCCGUGGUGGGCACUUUGCAGGAAUGUGCCUCAAAGGAAAAUUGCCGGGUUAUUAUUCACACUGAAGGGAUGGUCAAGGAUUUUGUUAAAAACCUGAGCAGUGACAGUGAUGAGCUACAAAUGCAUUGUGCCAGUGCAAUCUUUAAGUGUGCAGAGGACAAACAAACCCGCGACCUGGUGCGAAAGUUCAAAGGCCUGCAGCCGCUGGUUUCCCUGCUGGGUAAAGCAGACAACAAGGACCUCCUGGCUGCUGCCACUGGGGCCAUUUGGAAGUGUUCAAACAGCCCGGAGAACGUGGCUAUCUUUCAGAAGCACAAAGCAUUGGAAACCCUGCUCCGUCUGUUAACUGAUCAGCCCGAAGAAGUGCUGGUCAAUGUUGUAGGAGCUGUGGGAGAAUUCGCUCAGAUACCUGUAAACAAGGCCACCGUCCGCACAUGUGGCGGCAUCAAGCCGCUAGUUAAUCUGCUCACUGGAACAAACCAGGCGCUGCUUGUGAAUGUCACCAAGGCCGUAGGUGCAUGUGCCACAGAUAAAGAUAACAUGGUAAUAAUCAAGCAGCUUGAUGGAGUCUGCCUGGUGUGGUCGCUACUGAAGAACCCUUGUGCAGAUGUUCAGUCGAGUGCUGCCUGGGCCCUUUGUCCUUUCCUGGAGAAUGCAAAGGAUGCAGGGGAGCUGGCGCGGUCCCUCGUCGGUGGAUUGGAGGUGAUCGUUAAUUUACUGAAGUCAACAAACAAUGAGGUGCUAACAAGCAUCUGCGCUGCUAUCACCAAAAUAGCCAAAGACAAGGACAGCCUGGCAAUCCUCACUGAUCUGGAGGUCGUCCCAUUGCUGGCAAAGCUGACUAAUACAACUGAUGAACGCCUCCGUCGCCACUUAGCUGAGGCCAUCUGCCAAUGCUGUGUAUGGGGCAAGAAUAGGAAGAGCUUUCGUGUGGCUGGAGCUGUGGUACCCCUGACUCGUUACCUAAAAUCAGAAGACGGGUUAGUCCUCAACAGCACAGUCAUGGCCCUGUACGAGCUCUCCAAAGACCCCCACAACUGCAUCAUCAUUCAUGAGAAAGGAGCAGUCCAGAUGCUGAUCCACAUGAUACGCUCGGACAACGAGGAGGUGCAGGAAGCCGCUGCCCGCUGCGUCCGCAACAUCAGACUGCUGGCCCAGGCAAAUAAGGAUGCCAAACGGCUCAUUACAUAACUACCAUUGUGUCUUUUUAUAGGAUUUUCUGAACUAUAAAGCUAAACCUGUAGUAAAGUGUUUUAAAUAUGUUCUGUUAAAUGAUCUGAGAAGGCAUUCAAGUGUUAAAUGUUUGUAUGAGUUUGUGAUGUAAACCAGAAGUUCAGGAGAAAAGAUUCCAGCUAAAACUGAAGCUUAAGAAGAAAUAAAUACAUUUGAGAGACUUCUCACUGAGCUUUUUUAACUGGAUAAAAGAAAAGAAAGCUCAGAGACCCCCAAGCAUCCAGAGACCACAAUCUAAACAUAACCCACAUCUGCUGUGCAUGCCCAACCUUCUCUGAUACUAGUCGGAUCCUUCUGUACUUAUAUGAACAUAUUCAAAGCCAGAAAACACACAACCAAACAGAAUAAUUCACUUAUGAAGCCUCAGCAUGGACAAGCACUGAGCCUGCACUAAUGUUCUGUAUAAAUACCAUACAAUAAUACCCCAUAA